CCGGCCGUAUUUAGAGCGCUCGGAACGCAAAGGACGGAAACUCGAACCGGACAGACAAAUUUAGAACCAUCUUGUUUGUCACUGGAGGAGGACGGGGAAGAAAUAUUAGCUCGUUACCUGCUCCUCCGACAGACCAACACAAACUCCACGAUGCCGGCGGAGGAAAUAUCCGAGGAGACUCUAGCCUUCAUAGAAGUCAUCAACAUCGUGGUACAGCAUGUGGCUGAGAUCAGGAGCCUGUUGGACUAUUACAAGUACAUCGCACAGGAGAAGCAGUCCAAAUGUGUCAGGCUGGCCAACACAGCGCUGGACUCUCUGAACGAGCUGAGAGAGACACUGGCAGAGGCCAAAAAGCAGCGAGAACUUGAGUUGGAGAUGCUGCGGGGAAAGCUGGUGACGGAGAUGGUUGACGUCACAUAUGAUUUCCACGAUGACGUUAUCCGCAAUGCAGCGAGUCGCAACGAGAUAGAACAGAUGAUGAAAGACUUCAACAUUGUGGAGUACAACAUCCCACCGCAAGGGGGCGACCCUGACAUGGACAUUGUGUAUAAGUUGACAGGAUUGCCAGAAGAUGUGGCUAAAGCAAAGUUUGCCCUCCGUGAAAAGUGUGAUGCCCUGGCUGCUGAGUCCAAGAGGAAAAAACAACGAGGACAGCAAAUUGACAAGUAUUGGACAGCAGUUGAUCCAAACAAGUGGAGAAAGACCCGGUUUAUCUAUGAGUUUGAAGCCAAAGACAUUGAUGGCAACAUGGUCAACUUCGAGAAGUACAGGGGUCAUCCGCUGCUCAUCGUCAAUGUGGCGUCAAGAUGUGGGGGUACGGACCGGAACUACAAACAACUCAUGGCACUGUACCAGAAGUUUGCAGAAAAGGGACUGAGGAUUCUGGCAUUCCCAUGCAAUCAAUUCCACAACCAGGAGCCAUACAUUGAGAGGGACAUUAAGGAGUUUGUUACCACCCGCUAUGGGGUGAACUUUGACAUGUUCAGUAAGAUCCACGUACUCGGAGCAGAAGCUCAUCCAAUCUACAACUGGUUGGUGAACACCACACGUGGGACACUUGGAGAUUACAUCAAAUGGAAUUUUACCAAGUUUAUUGUUGACAAGAAGGGCAGGGCUGUUCAGAGGUACGGACCCAACGUUGACCCUGAGAAAAUUGAGCCAGACAUCCCCAAAUACCUGUAACAACUGACGAAUGUGACGGCUUUUGGCCCCAACAGUCUAAGGACAGACUUACAUCAUGACAAACAAGCAUGAAGUUGUCUGGAAGACUGAAUCUCUUUGGUAGUUACUAGCCGGUAACAUUAUGUGUCUACUAGGUACAUGUGCUUGUAUGUCUGUAAUACACUGCCAUGUAAUGAUUUAUAUCACACAGCACGAUAAUUAGCCCAAAUAAUAAAUCACCUGAGAUGAAUACUAGUAGAUGUUACUAUGAUCAUUCAGCUCUAAAGCUUUGUGUUUUCCCUGAUAUUUCAGCUCCAUAACAAGUCCAUAAUUCCUAUGACCUAGAUGUAUUUACUGAGAGAUGCUACAAUGUAACUUACUAUUGUGCAGCUUUCAAAUAUAUUGUUUCAGGAAAACUGUGUAAAGGAAGGUAAACACUUGUACAGAAACAUGUAGCAUGUUAGAAUCACCAGCCACAAAAAAUACUGCAAGAUGAAAAAA